GCCUUGCUGGGGCACGGGCCGUUUCUCGGUUGCGUCUUCACGUUAUAUACCGCACUGUCGCGAUAAACAGACGCCUAAGCCGCAUUAUUUCAAACUCGCUUGUGAUAUAUACACGGUUGCCGAACGCUUCUUUCGAGGGUGACAUACGCGGUGACACGCGGGUUUCCUGUAUCAGCGAACUUUGAGGCGGGGUUACGCUACCCGUAAACGGCAUGAUCAACAACAUCUCCGCCGGCGGCUUCGUACACGGUCUUACUGGAGUGAAGGAUCUUCAUGCGCACGACCUGAAGAGGCACGAGAAGUUGGAAACUCCCGUGCUAGGAGGGAAUUUGGAUCCCGGGCUCGCCGCCAGCAUUGGGUGCACGCUUCAUCAGGAAAUAAUCAUGGCUGGCGCGGGGAACUCGACGAGAAUCGGACAAGGCGAUGACAAGCCGGUGAAACAGAAACGACAUCGGACGAGGUUCACGCCGGGACAGCUGAACGAGCUGGAAAAGUGUUUCAACAGAACGCACUAUCCGGACAUUUUCCUCAGGGAGGAGAUAGCUCAGAAGAUCGGCCUCACGGAGAGUCGAGUUCAAGUGUGGUUUCAAAAUCGCCGGGCGAAGUGGAAGAAACGGAAGAAGUCGGCACCAAUGUUCCGGACCCAAAGCACGUUGCUGCCCUCGCACGGCUUGCCGCCUUUCGGCCCGAUGAGCUCCGAUCUCUGCGGCGCUGGAAUGUUUCACGGACCUGCUGAGAGAUGGGGAAUGGGAACAGGUCUUGGACAAUUGGGGCAGGGAGGCAUGGGGAUGGGCGGUUUCGGGCCAAGUUUAGGGCAACUUGGUCAGCAAAGCACGGGGAGCCUCGGCUCGAGCUUGGGUCUCGGUAAUUCCGGCCUCCCGAUCAGCAGUCCAUCGCAGACCGUCUAUCAAGCCAGUUAUGGGCUAAGUUCCCUUGGGGGUGUUCACAUGUCAGCGUCUCGAGGCUCCCCUCCGGAAGGAUCGAGCGUGGGCGGCGGUCAGGGUGGCGGACUAGGCUCGUCCUUGAACUGCGGCCAGGGUUCACCGGGGACAACUUCCGGCAGCGGAGGCGGCGGUGGCGGUGUGUCCUGCGUGGCCGCCGAUGUGAACGCGACGGAGGCGUCGGAUUGGAGAGGCGCCCAUAGCAUCGCGGCGCUUAGGCGUCGCGCAUCGGAUGCGUCGCAACAAUACAGUCCGCAGCCGCCGCCGCCCGGCGGGCCGCCACAGUAUGCCCACGACAUAGAGUACAAUUCCGUUUACUGAGGUGCUUCGAUCAACACUGGUACUAACUCUACGAUCAGUUCUGUCGUGACGCACGAGGAGAAGGGUCUUCUCAUGGACACUGGUUCUGAAUGGUCGAUGUGCAGGGUAGCGGACAGAAGCGACGGAAGGGACGACGCUGUUGCUUGUUGGUAGUCAACGACGAUCGGGAUCGUUCGACGGUGAUCCCGAACGACGAAAAGCGUGCAUUCGCGUUUUCAAACGUCGAACGAACGAUACCAACUACCAGCAACUUCAAUCGUGAAGCAUCGUGACACAGAAUUCUGUCUCCGCGUCGGAGAGUACCAGGUCGGAAUUUCGAGGAAGCGAAUGAAAGAGGAGCGACUAAGGAUUUUACCGUUAUACCAGCCAACUGUGCACACGAAGAUAGUCUGGUUUCUAUUUAGGUGGUAACUAGUUCUGGCAGCUGCGAGGUGAGAUCGGAGAAACUGCAACACAGGGAAUAACGCGUCGUUAGUACCUCACGGCUAAGUUGGAGGCAACUAAGGCAACAACGAACAUGUUUUUUAUGAUCGUAACGAGAGAUGGGUACUCCUUCGAGUUUAAUAGCAAUGAAUCUGCACGUGUACUUAACUAUGUUGAAACACUGUGUUCCGAUAAUCAUGCACACGAUUGCGGAGAUCGAUUGACCCGGAAGCUAGGAAGACGGUUUAGAUUAACGUGGCGAAUCGUUUGAAUCCGUGGAGGGAUAAAUCUGUGGAGGAAGAAGGAAGAAAUGCUCCGUCAAGUGGAAGAACGAAGAGUUCGUGUCACAAUGAAGCUGUGCAACGUCGGAAAGUGUGUGUUGAUUGCUUCAUAAGCUCAUGUAUUACCGCAACACCGAUGCUGAUCAGACAGUUUCCUACCAUUCGCGUGUCCGUGAUGUUUUAGUUGAAGGAUUAUUGUUUAUAGGAGUAACGUUGUUUUUACCCACGUACUAGAAAGGUUACGGAAAUUCGGAAAAUGAUUUGUGACUGCAUUUUGCGAUUGAUUCGUUGAUUUUUUACGAGCAAAGCAAACAAUGGUCGUUACGUAAAGUAAGACUCACGCAUCGCGGUACGGUGUAACGAAAAGUAUACGACAAGUUAUUAUAGUAUUACGUAUGGCAUUGUAAAUAUAGUGAAAGAAUUGGCGUAUACACAGAUAUAUUAUAGAUUACGAUUAAUAUUAUUAAGUUUUGCAUACGACGAGAUGACCGAUCGCUCUAGCUCGGCUAUUCAAUAAUGUGUACGUACACGACUCGUAACCGCCCGCUUUCGGAGAACCCCGAUUCAGUUCCGUUCCUCCUGCGUCCCCUAUUUAUACGAGAGCCGAAAGAAACCGCGUCCCCCCGUCCCUCCGUCCCCCACGAUUUUUUCCUGCGUACCGAUUUUGACUGUACUUAAUCCACGUUCAGGCGGACAAAUCACUGUUCAACGAUCGCAUUAAGCUUUAAUAACUAUAAACGACAAGUCGUAUAAGUUAAAUUACUAAGGCAAAAGAAGCUAGUCUUUCUUUGUUCGGCUUUGUACUUCGAGCGCGGACUGGCUCGAUUCUCGUCACGGCGAAACGAAGCGGACACCGCCGCGUUCGAACGAGUUCCGCCCGCUUCGAGAAGAGCAGUGCGCGCGUACCGUCGAGUCUUGCAUGAAAGAAACAGUACUUUGUGUAAUUAAACGAAAAAAAAAAUGAUCGCAAUUUAGCACCUCCGUAUAUUGCAUUCCUAAAUAAUCCCUUAUAGGACGCUAUAAAUAUAGAUUGUUCCGUUGUUGUACACCGAAGCGUAAGUUUUGUAAAUAGAAGGUAUACGUCUAACAUUGAUAAUGAAAUUGAAUAUCGUAAGUAAAAGAUAUCCUCCCCAAUUACCGACGGACGAACACGAGUAUACUUGGACAUUGUGAUAUAUUGGGCCCCGCGCUGUUCGAACAAUAUUUUCUUCUUUUUUUAUUGUUUCUUGUGCCCACGACAGCGACGAGUCCCGCGCACGAUAUCGCAACGGAACCACAAGCGGUACCAGUAGUAGUGAUCCGCGACAGACACGACACGACGAUCGAUUAUUCUAGUUACGAAUUUACGGUAGUUUUAGGUAAAAUUUAGUGGUAAAACUAUGGAAUUAACGAUAUGCAGUUGUCAGUGUAUUACUACGAAACGUAUACGAUUUUUAAUGUACAAACAAGACAAAGGGAAAAGUAGAAACGAAAGAAAUGGUGUAGACGCCGCGAGGGGAGGAUGUGUUUCACAGUAUUUCAUCCUGCUGGUGCGACUUGUGUUCGGGAUGAAACGGUUUGUACUUGAACUGACUUUAAUUCUAUUCUCCUUGUUUAACGUUCGUCCUUUUUUUCCCUCGCUUUAUGUCUGUUCUCACGAUAUAUAUUUUCUGCGCUAUGGACUCGCACGUUUUUAUAUUGCAACGGUGGUUGGCUGCAUCACGAGUAUGCGAGUGGUAAUGCCGAGGACCGUCAGAGUGUCUACGUCACGUACGAGGAGGUACGCGAAGAGGAGCUUCGCGUUUUUUGGAUACGGAAAGUGAAUGAAAUAAAAUCUUGUACCUUGAUGUAGAAUUUAUUAUUUAUUAACACAGUAAAUGUAGUCUCUUCUGUAGUAGAGCCUCCAGAAGAUCUAAAAAAUAUUAGAAAUAUUAAUUCACAUGAAUACGAGUUGAAGACCUUAAAGAUAAAAAGUGUGUGAUAAAUCUGCAGAACCAAGUUA